GAGAAGCGGCGGCCGCAGGGCCCGGACGCCUCAAAAUGUUUCACAACCCAUGGAGUAAUGUUGAAUUAUAGUCACUGCUGCAAUGUUGGAAAUGCAGCAGGUAAUUUGCAGACUGCAAGGUGGUAAUGACCAGAUAGCCCGUUUGAGUGAUCUUGAUCUGAAGAUAAAAAUUGGCACUGAAGAGAAUUAUUUUCCUCGAAAUAGUACCAUCUGAGAUAGCUUCCACCCGAGAGCGCAGAGAGGGGGCCUUGGUUUAAUGCUUCAGGAGGAAGAUCGUAGCGCAACACAUCCUCAGUCCAUAAAAACAAAAAACUGCGGAUGCUGGAAAUCCAAAACAAAAACAAAUACCUGGAAAAACUCAGCAAGUCUGGCAGCAUCAGCGGAGAAGAGUACAGUUGAUGUUUCGAGUCCUCAUGACCCUUCAACAGAACUCAGUUUCUUCACCCAGAGAGUGGCAAAGAAAACCCUGCCUGUUAAAUCUGCCUCUCUUCCAUUAUCAGCUUUGACAAGAAAAGCUUUUGCAGGAGAUUUACUGGCUAAAGAGGAAGAAUACAAGAGAUUAAAUGCAGAACUGGAAGCAAAAACAGCCGAACUGGUCCGCCAAGCUGAAGAAGUUAUGAAGGGACAAGAGGAAAUGCUAUCUCAAUCAGUAUCACAUAUUGGAACAAUUGCCAUUGUGGAUGAUGAGAAAAUGAGAGAAUUUGUUUCUUCUGAUGGAGCAUCUUUUGAAAAUAAAGUAACAAAGGCUGGAUUGAAAAACACACAGCGAAGCAGACCAAAUUCAGCAAAUAAGGGAAAGAAAUUGUCAAGCGCUAAACACAAAACUAUUGAAUUACAUGUAGCUGAUGAUGUUGCAGUUCCAGAGGACUUUUCAAAUUUCUCCCUUGAAAAGACAAUUAGUAAAAUUGAAGGUCAACUGGAGGAUGGCUCUCCUGCUGAUGUGGAAAAUGAGGUCAUGCCCAGCAUAGGCAAUGAAAUGGGCACAGAGGCCCAGAUACGAUUUCUGAAAGCAAAACUACGAGUAAUGCAGGAGGAACUGGAUAGACUAGCUCAUGAAUACAACAAGAAGGAUGAUGAAAAUAACUCUUUGAGCAAUCGAGUAAAAGAGACAGAGGAAGAACGUAACAAGUUACAGAAAACAACCAGCAUCCAGCAGACACAGAUUGCAAAGUAUAGAAGCCUGGCAGAUGAGGCACACAGGAAGAGCGAUGGAUUGCAACAACGAGUGACCUCUUUGCAAAAGGAAUUGGACAGCCAGAAAAGAGCCCAGAAGCAAGCUGCUACAAACCAAAGUGCCACAGAGGUUCGUCUGAACAGGGCAUUAGAAGAGGCUGAAAAAUACAAGACAGAGCUAAAUAGAUUGAAGCAGAAUAAUAAGGACUUAACUAAUCAAGAGAAACUAACGAUUGAACAGCUGAAGACUGAAAACAAAAAGUUAGAAAAGCAGAAAAUGGAGCUCAUGACUGGCUUUAAGAAGCAGAUGAAGCUAAUAGACAUCCUUAAAAGGCAAAAGAUGCACAUGGAAGCUGCUAAAAUGCUGUCCUUCACUGAAGAGGAAUUUAUUAAAGCAUUGGAAUGGGGAAACUAACCAGAAUAGAAAUUUGGGAGUUAAAUACCAAUUCAAUGUUGUAAAACAUAACAUUUGUUGCAAUUCCGUAUGGAUCUUUUUCUUUGAGUUUAGUAUUUACAUCCACCCUAUUCUUACCAAUUUAAAAAAUAUUUUAAAGGAAUAAAGAUAAAAUUGUUUUACAGCUAAA